AUAAUCUUCAUUUUCGAUCUUUUCCCCUCCAUCAUCAAUUGCACAAUCAUGUUAUUUCUAUCCUACCCAACUUUUGCCACUCUUUUUUUGGCGGCCAGUACGCAGGCUACCCCAUUCCCUCAGUCCAAAGACCCACCAAAGUGCCAGCUCGAUCCUUUCGCACCCUCAUCAUGGGCUGCAAGCGGCGGAGAAAAACUUCUGCGCAACUGGCUUGACAAAAAUGGUCCAGUCAAUUGGCUUCAGGAACUCAGCAAGGACGUACUGGGAUCUAAUACCAAUGCGAUUGACUGCGCACAUAUAAGCUCGACCAGCUGCUCAGCACCUCAGGGUCCUGCACAGUGCGACAAAUAUAGUUACCAUUUUGUUCGCACCAUGGCUGCUCAAAUCAAUUCGGCUUUCAGGAGUAUCCAUGACAAUCUUGAAAACCAAGUCAUCAAAGAUAGUUUGAAAGUGGAUACUAUCAUAUCGGAAUUUGACCUUCUCAAGCCACCCAAGGGAUCGGACACUGCGCUCACACUCAAAAAUAUCGCUCUUGGGCCAACCGCCAUGUCUGCCCUGUUUGGCAUGAUACCCGGAGGAGGAGGAGCAGUAGCAGCGGGGCUUUUAUCCUUAAUCGGCGGUACUUUCGGGGCUGUGAGUGACAACUUGGAAGAGGAAGAAACGGAAAUCCCUGAGUAUCAAGACCUUGCAUCGGUGAUGAACGAUCGCCUUGGAAGAUUCUUCGGGAGUACUCAGCAGAAGUUGGAGAAAACCCUUCUGGCCAUCUUCGGCGCUCUGCCUGAAAAUGGAUCCAAUGAUGAUCUGGUUCGCGAAAUGGUUGGCAGAAUGUCUGGACUAGGCGUGAAAGGCCUCAACAAGGAUGCCAAGUCGCCCGUUUCCGAACUGCUCAAAGGCGGCCACUGGCUCUCUCCAGUAUACAAGAGCCAAGUCGAUACAGGCAUAAAGAAAGGAUUCAAAAAUAUCCAGCGAGGUCUCAUCGGCAAUCUUCUGGCAGCGAUGCAUGUCUAUGUCGAGCAGGAGCUACCUGCGUGGAACGAAGGCUUGGUCCAGCCCUGCACAGCCCUGGGCACACUGAGAGAUGGAAACUCAUGCCUCGUGAUCAAACACCGGCCCUGGGGAGGAGCCAAGGAUGGUGUCGAUGCUAAGCCACUGGACGAAAAGUACCUACAACUGAUGGGCGACUACGGCUUGAAAGGUGACGAACUUCACAAAAUGAUUAAGAACGUACGCGACUGUAACAACGGCAAAACCGACAACAGCCAGAUCAUCACUGACGGCUCGUACCCUGCCUGCUAUUUCGGUAUGAACUUCGCUAAGCGUGUUCACCCCAAAGAUCACGAUUUCCAUAUGAGUAUAUUUACAGCCGAAUACCCAUGCAUCUCCUACUAUCGAGAUCAGGAGGGAGUGCCAGGCUGGAUUACAGAUGACCGAGUUCACUGCCACGAUGAAGUUCCUGUCUGGGGGCCUUGUACUGUCAAACUCGAGGAAUUAUCUUAUUGGUCCGAAUCUGGAUUGACCCGCUACCGGUUGGGCUUGGUCGGCGAGGGUGUCGAUAUGGCGACGAUUUGCCCAUAUGUGCACGAUGGUAGGAAGUGCAUGUGGGGUUCAAACAGGCAGUGCUAUCACAAUGACAAAUUGGAUAAAAUGGUAUUAGACAUUAACUUUGCGAAGGGCUCUGCCGGUCACGAUUCCUACCAGUAUUGUCGGAAGGAGUUGACUGAAAAUUUCGCCCGCAAUAACAGGUGCGAGAUUGUCUAGCCUAUUCACGUCACAGUGGUUUGGUAGAAGAUGGUAGUUUUAUGAUAUAUACAGCCUAGCGCACAUCUAAGGAUUCUAGCGAAUCUCCUAGGUGAAAUCGAGAAUCUAUCAGGCGCUAGCACACCGCCGACCAUCAUAGACUUUGAUACUGAAUCUUGACAUGAAGGGUGACUUUUCUUCCGAGACAAGAGCUUUGAUAACGCUAGAAGAAGGUAUUAUCCAGAAGCUUGAAGGCUUGGAACGGUUUGUCCAAAAACAACGACUGGGAAGAACACCUUCGUCAGUGUCAGAGAUAGUGGCCUACACGCGUUUGAAUGGACCGCC